AGAGGGGUUCCUGCAGGUGCAGGAAUGCCCACAUGCAGGAACGCCCCGAAUUACGGGAUGCAGUUGCACCCUUCUCACCUUGGAAAGCUCUCACUGACUGUUACCAGGCAGACAAAGUUCCAACAUGGCAGCAACGGGGGACGCAGAGGAGACUCAGGUGCAAGAGAUGGAGGAAGAGGCAGGGAUGGAAAAUGAAAUGGAUUCAGAUGAAGAGGAGGGUUUGGGAAUUGAAAAUUCCGACGAUGAAAUAGACGAUUCAUCAGAAGACGAAAAAGAGACUGAAGCCGAAAUUCAGCGUUUGGAGGAGCAGCUGUCCAUCAAUGCUUUUGAUUACAACUGUCAUGUGGACCUCAUAAAACUCCUGAGGCAGGAGGGGGAGCUGCCUCGGCUGCGUAAGGCAAGGCAGAAGAUGAGUGAGCUCUUCCCACUCACUGAAGAGAUUUGGCUGGACUGGCUCAAGGAUGAGAUCCACCUAACAGAAGAGGAGCCGAACCGGGAGAAAGUCUAUGAGCUCUUUGAGACGGCUGUGAAAGAUUAUAUCUGCCCUGAAAUCUGGCUGGAAUAUGCCCAAUACUCUAUCGGGGGCAUGGGACUGCCUGGUGGGAUGGAGAAGGUGAGGUCCAUCUUCGAGAGAGCCCUGACAGCCGUGGGGCUGCACAUGACCAAGGGAGCGACAGUGUGGGAGGCCUACAGGGAGUUUGAGAAUGCCAUACUGGCAACUGUUCAGCCGCCCCCUGGCAGCGUUCCCACCCGCGAGCAGCAGGAGCUUCUGAACACUCAGCUCGAGCGCAUCCACACUCUGUUCCGCCGCCAGCUGUCCAUCCCCUUAAUGGACAUGGACGGAACAUAUGCAGAGUAUGAGGAGUGGUCUGACCAGGGGGUGUCUGAUACAGUCUCCCAGAAGUACAAGAGGGCCCUGAAACAAAUGGAGAAGAGCAAGCCUUAUGAGGAGACUCUGAUGAUAGCCGAGCCGCCCAAGCUGGCAGAGUAUCAGACUUACAUUGACUAUGAGCAAAAGGAGGGUGACCCAGCACGGAUCCAAAUCAUCUUUGAGCGGGCAUUGUCAGAAAACUGCCUGGUACCAGACAUGUGGGCAAAGUACACCAAAUACCUGGACCGCCAACUGAAGAUCAAAGACCUCGUCCUGUCCUCUCACGACCGUGCGGUCAGGAACUGCUCCUGGACAAUGGGCCUGUGGAAGAACUACCUGCUGGCCCUGGAGAGGCAUGGGGCCGACCACCACACUAUCUCAGAUGUUUUUGAAAAGGCCCUGAAUGCUGGUUUCAUACAAGCCACAGAUUAUGUGAAUAUCUGGGAAGUGUACCUCGAUUACCUGAGGCGGCGCGUCGAUUUCAGCAAAGGUGAAAGCACCUUAACAUUGGAGUCGAGCAGAGAGCUGGAGGAGCUGCGGGCAGCCUUCACCCGGUCUCUGGACUAUAUGAAACAGGAUGUGGAAGAGAGGUUUAGUGAAAGUGGAGACCCCUCUUGUACUAUCAUGCAGGUCUGGGCAAAGAUAGAGGCCUUGCAUUGUAAGAACAUGCAGAAGGCCAGAGAACUGUGGGACAGCAUCAUGACAAAAGGGAACGCCAAAUUCGCCAACAUGUGGUUGGAGUACUAUAACCUGGAGAGGUCGUAUGGAGACGCUCUCCACUGCAGGAAAGCCCUCCACAGGGCUGUCCAGUGUACCUCCGACUACCCAGAGCAUGUGUGCGAGGUCCUGCUCACCUUUGAGAGGGUUGAGGGUUCUCUGGAGGACUGGGAUGCAGCGGUGCAGAAGACUGAGACACGGCUGAACAGAGUCAAUGAGCAGAGGUCCAAGGUGACAGAGAAAGAGGCCCAUGUGGCUCGACAGGAGGAGGAGAAGACUGAACAGCGACGGAGGGCCAAGGCAGACAAGAAGAACCAGAAGAAGGGCCAGAAAGGCAGCAGGCCUGGUGACAAGAGGAAGGCAGAGGACAAGAAAUACGAGGAUGAGUGGGGAGAGGAAUCGGAGCAACCUCCAAAGAGGCACAGAGGGGAGAGCGACCAAGGCUUCAGGGGGGGAGGCGGUGGUGCUGGGUUAAUUGGGACAGAGAGUGGGCUGUUUGGGAGGAGAGCCCCCCCCGGCCGCAGACAGGAACCCCCUGGUGCUAAGAGGGGCCAGCAGGUGGCACCAGCCACCGUAUGGAAGACCCAGGAAGACGACCCCGAGCUACGCAAGGACGACUGCAGUGUGUUUAUCAGUAACCUGGCCUUCACCAUGGACGAUCCAGAGAAGAGGCUGAAGAAGUUGUUUGAGCCCUGUGGUCCUGUCCAGUCGGUGCGCCCCGUCUAUGCUGCCAAGGGCUUCAGAGGGUACUGCUACGUACAGUUUGAGGGCAAGGCGUCUGUGCUCGAGGCCCUGAAGAUGGACCGGCAAGAGGUGGAAGGCAGGCCCAUGUUCGUAUCACCCUGUGUGGAUAAAAACAAGAACCCUGAUUUUAAGGUGUUUAAGUACAACACAAACCUAGAGAAACACAAGAUCUUUAUCUCGGGCCUGCCCUUUUCCUGCACCAAGGAGCAGCUAGAGGAGUUGUGCAAGGAUCAUGGCACCAUUAAAGACAUCCGCUUGGUCACCAACCGCUCAGGCAAACCCAAGGGUCUGGCGUACGUGGAGUUUGGGGAUGAGGCUCAGGCCUCUCAGGCCGUGCUGAAGUUGGAUGGCACAGUACUACAGGAACACACACUCUCUGUUGCCAUUAGCAACCCGCCUAGCAGAAACACUGCCGACAAGCCUGGCUUCAGCAGACCCGUGGGAGCCAUGAUGCCCCGGUCUAUGGUCUAUGGAUCGAGGGGAAAAGGGCGCACCCAGCUCUCACUACUCCCUCGUUCACUAAAUCGGCAGACUGGAUCAGAAAGUAAAGCAGAGAAUGGGACUGCACCUAAACCCACAGGUGGCGCAUCUGGAGAUGCUGGGAUUGAAGCACAAGCCAAGCCCUUGUCUAAUUCAGACUUUGCAAAAAUGCUUUUCAAAAAGUGAAAAUGGGCUGAAAAUAAUAAAAACUGCCUUUUGUAUGGAAAGCCAUCUUGUGUCCUUGAGAAGAGAUGGCAGAUAUUGUGCUGUAUAUUUUUGACUCCCCUUUAUUCCACACCAAUGGCCCCCAUCUUCCUUGUCACUUUCUGUAAGAAAGCCUUUAUCUCCCUGGCUCAACUGGCCCCAGACCCCAUAUUACCACAUCCUUUUGAACAAGUGUGAGUGCCUAUUUUAAUUACCAAUUUCAGUUUGUUUUUAAUUGGGAAAGGUGUUUUAUAGAAGACGUAUCAUAUGUGUAUGUAAAUAAUACUUAUCGUGUGUUCUGUUUUGGAAAGGGAUAAAAAAA